AUGUAUGAGACAGAAGAAGACCCAACUACAUCAAAUGUAGCAACAACAAAUAAUGAAAAAACAGCAUCAACAGCAGCAACAACAACAGAACCAGUUAAAAAAGUAACAGAAUUUAUGAGAGUUCAAAGAUUAUUUAGACAAGUUACAAAAUCAGCAAAUGGAAAGAAUAUACCUAAAGAAAAAAGAGAACCAAUUGAUUAUUCACCAGUUUUAGAUUUUCAUAAUUUAGAGAAUAAUACAGAAGAGAAUAAAAAGUUAAUAAUUGAUUGUACAUCAAAUGUAACGACCCAUGAUUUUGAAUUCAAUAGGGAUACAGAGUUUUAUUUACAUCCAAGAGAAUGGAAAGUUUAUGGGUUACAAGGUUAUCCAGGAUUUUAUUUCAUUAAAUCACCAUUUACAGCAUCACAACAAAAGAAAUGGAUUAAACAUGCAUUAGAAGAUUAUGCAGAUCCACCAAAUAAUAACAAUAUCACCUUAUUCCAUGGUCCAAUAAAGAAUCUUUGGAAAAAUGGUGAAAAAGAAUUAAUCAAUGAAGAAUUAAAGAGUCAAGGUAAACAUGAUGAUGAUGAAAUUGAACAACCAACAAGACCAUUAGAUAAAAAUGGUGAACCAUUACCAACCUAUCGUCAACUUUUAGAUAAAUUAGCUUGGUCAACAUUGGGUUACCAAUAUCAAUGGACACCAAGAUUAUAUAGUGAGGAAUUCUAUGAGGAAUUCCCUGACGAUCUUCAAGAAUUGGUUCAAAAGAUUGCAAUUGCAACUAAAUUCGAUCCAUAUGUUGCAGAGGCCGCAACCGUUAAUUUCUACUCUGAAGAUUCAAUUAUGGGUGGUCAUUUAGAUGAUGCCGAACAAGAAAUGGAGAAACCAAUCAUUUCAAUUAGUUUCGGUAGUACUGCCGUAUUUUUAAUGGGUGCUGAAACUAGAGAUAUCGCUCCAGUUCCUCUAUUCAUUCGUAGUGGUGAUAUAGUGAUUAUGGGUGGUAGAUCAAGAUAUUGUUAUCAUGGUGUGGCUAAAAUUGUUGAAAAUUCUUUUGAUCUUGGUUUAAUCGAUGAAAAUGAUGAUCAAGAUUUAAAAUAUAAAAUUCAAUGGUUAAAAGAAAAAAAUAGAAGAGUUAAUAUAAAUACAAGACAAGUUUUUAAAGUUCCAAAAUUAGGUGGUAAAUUAAUUAAUAAAAAUGAAUAA